ACACUCUCUAAUCAGACUCAUACGCUCUCCGAUCAGACUCACACACUCUCUAAUCAGACUCAGACUCACACGCUCUCCGAUCAGACUCAGACUCACACGCUCUCUGAUCAGACUCUCACUCUCUCUGAGGCUGAUGGAGUCUGGAUGCGGUUUGAGCAGAUGCAGCAGCAGCAGAGCGUCUCUCACACACACUUGCAGCCGCUCGUGGUUCUGCUGGACGAUAACUUCUACUACCAGAGCAUGAGAUACCAGAUCCAGCAGCUGGCCAGGAAGUACGGCGUGGGUUUCUGUCAGGUGUUUCUCCAGUGUCCACUGCACGUGUGUCUCCAGAGGAACCGGUGCAGAUCUCAGCCUGUUCCUGAUGACGUUCUGCUGCAGAUGUGUGAGCGAAUGGAGCCUCCGAACGAGAUCAGAAACCCCUGGGAGCAGCAGAGCCUGACGCUAGACAGCACAGACGGCAUCGCAGACGGACACGUACAGAAGCUGAUGGACUUGCUGGCGUCUGCACUGGAAAACCCAUUGAGCCCGGUCCAGGACGAGUCGCUGCAGAAGGAGGCUGACAGACGGAUUUGUGCGUCCAGCGUUCUUCACCAGGCUGAUCAGACGUGCAGACGACUGGUUUCUCAGGCGCUGACAUCAGCUCGCGAAGGCCAGGCGUCUCCAGACGUGCUGAAGGCUCUGGCUAAAGCACUGAAUGAGCUGAAGACUGUGUUCCUGCAGGAGCUGAAGAAGGACGUUCUUCAUCGCGUCUCGGUUUUCCCAGAGGAGCCCGUCGAUAUGGAGAAGCUGCUGAUGGACGUGUCUGCAGCGUUCCAGCGACACUCACACGAGAUUGUGUCCAAACACGUGAAACAUGACUGAUUCCUGAUAAUAAAUCAAACUAUGGUUAAGUCUUUCUGAUGGACUUGUGAUUGUGCAUAAGAUGUCAUUUUUUAAUAUAGUUUCUGCAAAUGCAUCUGCCAACGACUGACUGGUUUUCAUUUGGAGAUUCAUUAAGUUUGUAAUAUUGUUUGUUUUUCUUUACAAAGAUGGAGAUCGCACUUCUAUAUAUUAAAUUAACAUUAUUAAUGAAUUGCAGAAAUCCAUCAUUUGUCAGCAAUGUCAACAAGGUUUCUAAAUAUCAAGAUUAUUGACAAUACUAAUGUAUGACAUCAGUCACAUUCACCAUCGCUGAUAGACUGAUCAUUAUUAAAUUGACAUUGAAUUAUUA